ACAGCCGCACACGCUUGGCUACACACUGUACGUACACUUCUCUUCUCCCCCUUUCCCGGCCGGAGCCUUUGCUUCACUCGCGUCGCCGAGCUGGCUAGCGACAAGCGCGACACCGUCGGCGGCGGCGGCGACGCCGGCCCGCGCCUCGAUGACGGCGAGGACUCGUCCGCCGUGAGCAGCAAGGCGGUGGUCGAGGAGCUGUACCGCGCGCUGGAGCGCGGCGACGUGGACGCCGUGCGCCGCCUGCUGAACCCGGACGUGGACUGGUGGUUCCACGGCCCGCGCGCGCACCAGCACCUGGUGCUCAUGCGCCUGCUCACCGGCACCGGCGCCGGCGCCGGCCUCCCGUUCAAGAUCCGGUCCCUGGACGCCUUCGGGCCGACGGUGCUGGCCGAGGGCGCCGACGCGACGGGCGCGCUCUACUGGGUGCACGCGUGGACCGUGGGCCCCGGCGGCCGCGUCACCGGGGUGCGCGAGUACUGCAACACCGCGCUCGUCGUCACGAGGCUCGGCGGCGGCGGCGCAGCGGUGGAGAGGGCCAAGGCCACGUGCUCGCUGUCGCCAUCGCCGUCGAAGCAGGUGUGGCAGAGCCGGCUGCCCGACCGGGCUCGCAGGAACCUCCCUGGCCUCGUGCUUGCGAUCUGACCGGAUCGGAUGCGAAUCAUGCGACAUAUAGGUUGUUGCCCAGCCAACUGGCGGUGUGGCUUAGCUUAUUAUGCUUGUGCAUGUCUGCAAUGUGGUUACAAUUGGACAUGGAUGAAUCAAAUGAGCCACACAUUAAAAAAAAGUGAAAAUAAUUGAAGCAAACCAAAUGGCACCUGUGUGAUGUGACAUGUGACUGUGUGAGUUGGUGAUGGUGAUGAUUCAGAGGCAAGCUCAAGGGGUUUCAGGUUUCUCUUGCUUUAUACUAAACGUACAUUCACAAGAAGCCUAUAAACUAUCAAUGAAACUUGUGAAGUAUAUUUGAACAC